AAACAAGUAAUAUGAUCGAAGUCCAAGACACAACUGAAGAAUCGAUAUCGGAAUAUGACUCUUCAGAAGAAAUUGAGGAACUUCAAGAGCAGCCCCAGGAAAGGCCACAAGGAAGGCCACAAGGAACUAAAGUAAGUGAGAUAGAAGGUGAGUUGGAGGAAGAACCUCAAGAAGAAACAACUGAAAUAAAUGAUGCUGCCACGAUAGUUGACGACCUUUCAGCUACUGCAACCAACCCAAUGACCCAGAAACUGAAAGAUAAUAUUGAAGAAUACAUUUACAUGAUCGACCAACCAACCACAACUGAGAACUUGUUAACUGACGAGGGUAUUAUUGAAAUGGCUAUUGAAGCCUUGGAAAAGGUCAUAAGAUAUCAGGAAAGUCUCGAUGUAGGACAUGGGUUUAAUGAGAAUGAGUUAAGAGCAUUACGAAAAAAAAUACAAAGAAUGGCAAUAUGA